AUGAAUUUGAACACCCGCAAGAAAUCAAAGUAUGAUGUGUCAUAGUAAGCAGACACCUACAAGCUUAGUUAUUCAUCUGUAUGCACACCUCUCGUUGCUUUCUAAUCCCAGAUCGAGCAAACUUGCCAUCUCGACUCACCUACAGGCUGAUUGUGGCAAGCUUGGAAAGCAUCACUAGCGUCAUGCUUACAGUGUGGCAGUGGCGAUACUGGCAAUGGCUGGAGCCCAGUAGCACAUGUGCUUGAUCUGAGCAGACCUAUGCAACUUCAGCUGCGUAGAAUUGGUUGCCAACGGCUAUGCCUAAGGGUAUACAAAUUCAAAAGUGGGAAAAUUGACAGGCUACCCGUUCCUGUUCUGCAGAGGCGACACUGCACUGCGUUGCUCCAUAAUUACAAGGCGACAAUCAGCUAUGACGGGACUGACUACAAUGGCUUCCAGCUCCAACUUGGAGUCCGAGGCAGAACCAUACAGGGAGAGCUCGAGAAAGCGUUGACAUUGGUGACGCAGAAUGACAGGGCAGAAUUGAAAGUUACGGCCUCCGGUCGCACAGACGCUGGCGUCCAUGCCUCAGGCCAGGUGGUCAACUUCUUCAGCGGGAAGGGGCAUUGCCCUAGCAGGCUUUGGCAUUCGAUGAACAGGCUGUUGCCACCAGACAUCAGGGUGUUGGAUGUGCAGCCUGUCGGCCCUGACUUCAAUGCCAGAUUCAGCGCUUUGAGCAAGGAAUACCGGUUUCAAAUCUGCACCGGGCCCCUGCAUGAUCCCUUUCUGUGGAGGUAUAGCCAGCAUGUUUAUCUUCCCCUAGAUGUGGAAGCUAUGCGGCAGGCGGCAAAAUGCUUCCUAGGCUCACAUGACUUCACACAAUUUGCAAGCACUUAUCCUGUUGGAAUGAAUCCUCGGAAGACGUUGACCCGUUUUGAAGUGGUUGAGGUCAGGCCAGGUUUCUUGCGGUUGGAAGUACAGGGCUCGGGAUUCCUUUACAGAAUGGUCAGGCACAUGGUUGGUGCUCUUAUUGAGGUUGGAAAGGGCACAAUGAAGGAGGCCCAGAUUGAAGAAUUGCUAGCGCUAGGUUCCAAGAAAUUUCCUGGUGAGAAACAUAGGGGAUGGACCGUUGCAGAUGCCAAAGGCCUCUUCUUGCAUGAAGUUUGGUACUAACUGCCUGCCUUAGAGCCCAGGCUCAGCCUGAGAUCGUCUUGUCUUGAAAAUCCAUACUCUGCGGCAGCCACAACAAAUAUAUGUAGUCAAAUGAUCAGACCGGGUGGUCUAUGAAUGGCUUAAAGUCACUUAAUGAUAUUGCUAGGAAUCUCCAGAGCAUGCUGAGCAUGCUGUGACCUUGGCUAUAUAUUCUAUACUGCCAAGGGCACCGUGCUGCUACAGUGCGUUUUACAAGGAAGCAAUUUUGCGCUAUGUAAUGCUCAUGUGAAC